AUGGAAGUUGUGGGGUGCAAGGCAAAAGAAAACAGUUGCACAUUGCGGCCAGCAGCCAUGCUUUUCCACGGCAUCUCCGGAGAUCAUAUUCAAGGAAUCAUGGAGGAGAUGGAGAGGAGAUCUAAGACGGAGUCUCGCCUUGCAAAAAGUGUUCAGAUGAACGGAAGAGAAACGACAAUGCCCUCCAUGAGCCCAGAAAAGCCUGCCUUGUGCGCGGGUUGUGGCGGAAAAAUCUCUGACAGAUACUACUUGCUCGCCGUUGACAAACAAUGGCACUUAAGGUGCCUCAAGUGUUGUGAAUGUAAACUGGCCUUGGAGUCGGAGCUAACAUGUUUCGCCAAGGAUGGCAGCAUUUACUGCAAAGAGGAUUACUACAGAAGGUUCUCCGUGCAGAGAUGUGCCCGCUGCCACCUUGGGAUCUCGGCCUCGGAAAUGGUGAUGCGCGCCAGGGACUCGGUGUACCAUUUGAGCUGCUUCACAUGCACCACGUGCAACAAGACCUUGACCACGGGUGACCAUUUCGGCAUGAAAGAUAACUUGGUUUACUGCAGGGUUCACUUCGAGACCCUCAUCCAGGGAGAAUACCACCCUCAAUUAAACUACGCUGAAUUAGCAGCAAAAGGUGGAGGCCUGGCUUUGCCUUACUUCAAUGGUACUGGCACCGUGCAGAAAGGGAGGCCUAGAAAACGAAAGAGUCCGGCAAUGGGGAUAGAUAUCGCCAGUUACAACUCAGCUUUGUGUUGUAACGAGAACGAAGCAGAUCAUCUGGACAGAGAUCAACAACCCUACCCUCCUUCCCAGAAGACCAAACGCAUGCGUACGUCCUUCAAGCACCACCAGCUCCGCACCAUGAAGUCUUACUUCGCCAUAAACCAUAACCCCGACGCCAAGGAUUUAAAACAACUGGCCCAGAAGACUGGGCUCACCAAAAGAGUUCUUCAGGUUUGGUUCCAAAACGCACGGGCCAAAUUCAGAAGGAACGUAUUGCGACAGGAGAAUGGGGGUGUUGAUAAGGCUGACGGAACCUCUCUCCCUCCGCCCUCUUCUGACAGCGGCGCUCUGACUCCGCCCAGCUCCGCCAGCACACUAACUGACCUGACCAAUCCCUCUAUCACUGUAGUGACACCCGUGACCUCUAGUUUGGACAGCCACGAAUCUGGGAGUCCCUCACAAACUACCUUGACAAACCUCUUCUAAGUCGGAUUUGUGUUU